GUUAAAAAUUUGUUUUCUGCGAUAAAAAUGCAGUAAGAAACUUAAAAAUACAUAAUUAUUAAUUAUAAUUUAAAUAAUAACAAUUAUUUAAAUCAUCUAUCAAGUUUUCUAUUAAACAAAACUCAAACAUCAUUCCCCAAUGAGUCGUAAAACCUCAAGCUCAGAGCAAUCGCUCAAAGGAACACCAACUGAUUUCAAUGGACUCUAUGAGAAAUUUAAGAUCUCCCUUAUGGAAGCAUUCGAAUCGAAAGAUGUAAAAAUCCUCCGUCAAACAUUCGAUUCAUACAAAUUCAACAACGACGCUGACAAAAAGUCUCCCCUAGACCAAAAUUUCCGGGAACUCCUUUUAUUCGAAUUGAGUGAAGAUAUUGAAAAGGUUGGUCAACUUAUUACACUUUCAGUUGAUGCAGCUAGAGAAGAAAUUGUUUCAGUAACAAUUCCCGUCGUUCUUUUGGGAGACAUUUUCGAUGCAGUCACUUUAGACAAAUGUGAGAAGAUAUUCAAUUUUGUCGAAGAUAAAGUCAAUGUGUGGAAGGAAGAUAUAUUCUUUACCUCCUGCAAGAACAAUAUCCUUCGCAUGUGCAAUGAUUUGCUGCGGCGUUUGUCCCGUGCUCAAAACACAGUUUUCUGCGGACGAAUUCUUCUCUUCUUGGCCAAGUUCUUUCCAUUUUCUGAACGUUCCGGAUUGAAUAUUAUCUCCGAAUUCAAUUUGGAUAAUGUUACUGAAUUCGGUGUAGAUGGGAAAGAUUUGGAUGAGGCAUUGGAAGACACUAUUGAAGAUGUUCCCGUUAAAAUCGAUUACAAUUUGUAUUGCAAAUUCUGGUCGUUGCAGGAUUUCUUCCGGAAUCCAAAUCAGUGUUAUAGUAAAGUUCAAUGGAAGAUGUUUCAAACUCAUGCAACAAAUGUUUUAGCAGCUUUUUCUAGUUUUAAACUUGAAGAACCACGUACAAGUCCAUCAUCGAAAGAAGAAACUAAAGAUAUGGUUCCACAAGAUAUGAAAAUGGAAGUUGAUGAAACUGUUCGGAAGGCAGAGAAUUUCUUUGCGAAAUUCCUAACAAACCCGAAAUUGCUGGCUUUGCAAUUGUCGGAUUCGAAUUUUAGAAGAUCUGUUUUGGUGCAGUUUCUAAUUCUAUUUCAAUAUUUGCAGCUUACGGUGAAAUUUAAGACCGAUUCUCUUACUCUGACAUCAUCUCAAUCAGAGUUCAUCAAAGAAACUGAAGCAAAAGUGUAUAAACUGAUUGGAGAAACUCCACCAAAUGGCAAGAAGUUUGCAAAAACCGUUGAGCAUAUGCUGCAGCGUGAAGAAAUGUGGAACAAUUGGAAAAACGAUGGCUGCAAAGAAUUCAAAAAGCCCGACUCAAAUGAAGAAGGCUACAAACCGCCUUCGAAGCGGCAGAAAAAAUCACUUGGUGAUAAUAUUAAAGAAGCAAAUCGUCAGGGAAAAUUCUUCUUGGGAAAUGAUGUUCUCACAAAACUUUGGAAUGUAUCACCAGAUAAUUUGCAAGCCUGCAAAAGUGAAGAUCGUAAUUUCCUUCCACCAGUGGAUACAUACAUUGAAAAUCCACGAGAGAAAAAUGAUCCAUCAUUCGAGUGGAGAGCUCUCCGUUUGCUGGCCAGACAAUCACCGCAUUUCUUUACAUCAGUCAAUGCACCUUCAUACAAAAUUGCCGACUACCUCGAAAGUGUACGAAAGAAGAUCCAAAAAGAAAAACAUGAAAUUAAUAAAGUUGGUGGUCAGCCAGAAAAUACAACCGAAAGUACUGUAGAAGUUCCGGAACAAGAACAAGUUGCUUUAGAAACUGUAACGGAAGAAUCGGAACUUUUAAAACCAGAGCCAAUGUUGGUACAAGAUGAUAAAAAUACGCACAAAACAAUUACAGCGAGUAAAGAAAACAUUGAAGAGCUAUCACCGAAAAUCGGCACCGAUUGGAAGAAGCUUGGCAAAAAAUUAGGCUACACAGCCGAUGAGAUGUUAUACUUUGAAACAGAGAACCCAAAUGCCACUGAUGCUUGCAAAGUAAUGCUUACACUUUGGUUUGAGGAUGAUGAUGAUGCGAGUUUGGAUAAUUUGGCGUAUAUUUUAGAAGGCUUGGAAAUGCAUGGAGCUGCUGAAGCUGUAAAAACUAUUAUUGAUCCACCUAAUAAAAUGGAAGAUAUAUCGGAUUAAAAAUAAAAUUAUUUUAUUUAAGAAAAUUUGUUUUUGGGAAGAAAAAAAAAUAAACAGAACUGUCUUUAAUGAAUAACGGAAAAUACGGAAAAG